AUGAGAAAUUACACGGAAGUAAGAGAGUUUAUUCUUCUGGGAUUGACAAAUGACCCACAGUGGCAGGUUGUACUUUUCAUAUUUCUCCUUGUUAACUACAUGCUCAGUGUGGCUGGGAACCUGAUCAUUAUUGCCCUCACCCUUUCAGAUCCUCAUCUGCAGACUCCAAUGUACUUCUUCCUUCGAAAUUUCUCAGUGUUGGAAAUAUUAUUCACGUCAGUCUGCAUUCCCAGAUUCCUUGUCAGUAUUGUGACAGGGAACAGAACCAUUUCCUAUAACGGUUGUGUGGCUCAGCUAUUUUUUUUCAUUUUAUUUGGGGUGACAGAAUUUUACUUUCUGGCUGCCAUGUCCUAUGACCGCUAUGUGGCCAUCUGCAAACCUCUACAUUACACCACCAUUGUGAGCAGCAAAGUCUGUAUCUUUCUUGUCUUUGGCUCCUGGUUUAUAGGAUUGCUGACCAUCUGUCCACCAAUAAUUCUGCUACUGCAAUUGGAUUUCUGUGCCUCCAACAUAAUUGAUCAUUUUCUCUGUGACUAUUCUCCAAUUCUGCAGCUUGCUUGUACAAACACUCGCUUUCUAGAACUCAUGGCAUUUUUUUUAGCUGUUGUAACAAUCAUGGUCUCCUUAACGCUAGUUACUUUCUCCUAUACAUAUAUCAUCCGGACAAUUCUGAGAAUUCCUUCCAUGAGUCAAAGGAAAAAAGCUUUUUCCACUUGUUCCUCCCACAUGAUAGUUGUCUUUCUCUCUUACGGUAGCUGCAUUUUCAUAUACAUUAAGCCUUCUGCAAGGGAGAGAGUGACUUUAAGCAAAGGAGUAGCUGUGCUCAAUACCUCAGUGGCUCCUCUCUUGAAUCCUUUCAUAUAUACACUAAGAAAUAAGCAAGUGAAGCAAGCCUUCAAAAACAUGGUCCAGAGAAUGGCCUUUUCUUCAAAUAAAUGGAAGUGA